AGCCUCGUUUCCCCGAACCCUGGCUGGUUGGCCGAGCGGGCGCAGGGCGACAGUCCCAGCCGGCGUGGCGGCCGCUGUGCGCAUCGCCGCGGGACAGGGGCGCGGUGUGAAAGGGAAGUGAUGCAGAAAUCAGAGUGCCACGGAGGCCUUCAGCUGAGGAACAGAGGGGCAGGUAACUGUGAUCAAAGGGCAUCCUCCAGCGCACAAAUGAAACAAGGUAGGACUCCUGCUCAACAAGGCAAAUCCUCAUCAGCAACUGGUUCUCCAGAGUCUGCGAGAAAACUUCAUCCUCGACCAAGUGAUAAACUUAACCCUAAGACGAUUAACCCGUUUGGUGAACAAUCCCGAGCCCCUUCUGCAUUUGCAGCCAUUUACUCUAAAGGAGGUAUUCCUUGCAGAUUGAUGCACGGUUCAGUGAAACACACCUUGCAGUGGGAAUGUCCUCCUGAAAAUCUUCCAUUUGAUCCUCUUCUGAUUACUUUAGCUGAUGGUUUGAGAGAGACUAAGCACCCCUACACCUUUGUGUCAAAGGAGGGUUUCAGAGAAUUGCUCUUGGUCCCGGGAGCUCCCGAGAAAGCUGUGCCGCUGCUUCCCAGGCUGGUCCCUGUGCUAAAGGCGGCUCUGGUCCACCUGGAUGAUGACGUGUUUGCAAGAGGACUGAAUGCUCUCGUGCAGCUAAGUGUCGUCGUUGGCCCUUCUCUAAAUGACCAUCUGAAACAUCUGCUGACAAGUCUUUCCAAGAGACUAAGGGAUAAGAAAUUCAAGGAGCCAAUCACCAGUGCAUUACAGAAGCUGGAGCAGCAUGGUGGUAGUGGAAGCCUUUUCAUCAUCAAAUCCAAGAUCCCAACAUACUGUUCCAUAUGCUGUUGAAGGAAGGAGGGCCCCGAAAUCUCGUCACUCCCUGGGGACAGGUGUGGAACGCCAUCCAGUGUAUUCUUCUGUAAAUCACAACCACCGUUCACGAUGUACUAGUUUAAUGGGAGUAUACACAGCCCCACGGAAUCAUGGUAAUAGCUGCUCACCAACAGAAAGCGGUGAUCAAUGACGGAGAGCUAUUAAAACCAGGUCCACAAUAGUACAGUUUUGUGGGGUCGGUUUUUCAUAUGUUUACAGCGUGGUGCGAACAACCAUUAUGGGGUUUAUAGUAGAUGCAUUUGUAUUUAUUUUCUAGUGCUUUUUAUUUAUAAUAUCCCUUGGUAGCUGUGCACUUGUUUCAUAUUUUGUCAUUUUGUCGUUGGGGGGGUUUUGUAUUUAUCAAGGCUAUGGAAAUUUAAAGUAUGGAUAAACAUUUGCGAAUUCACAGUUAAUUAUUGUCUGUCCCCAUGUGUCUCAUGAUGUAGAAUCCUUGGAAAAUGUUCAUGCCAGACUAUUCUAGUUUAAGAAAUUUUUUUUAAUGUGUAAAUUCUCCUGUAAAUAUGUUGUUUAUUACAACUUAUUAAGACUACCUAAACUUGAGGUGUGGAUUAUAUUUAAGUAAAUGUUAUUUUUGUAUCCCGUAGUCUGAAAAUACUGAAGAUACUCAUUUCAUGAAGAUAUUCAGAAAUUAAAAUCUGAAAACACUUAAA